AGUCACUUAGCUAACCAAGUCCUCCUCUGGUUCGUGCCUGAGAGGGCCUCUGCUUUCGACAUGAUGCUCAAGUCUGUCACAGAAAGCUUUGCCAGAGUGAUCCAUGGCUUGGCCGUGGGGCACCUGACCGAUCAUGUUAUUCAAAGAAGCAAGAGAAUGAUUCUGGAUACUCUGGGCGUUGGCUUCCUGGGAACCAGUACAGAAGUGUUUCACAAAGCCUGUGAAUAUAGUAAGAUCUACAGUUCCAAUGUGUCCAGCAGUGUUUGGGGUCGACCAGAGUUAAGGCUCCCGCCGCCAUAUGCUGCUUUUGUGAAUGGUGUGGCUAUUCACUCAAUGGAUUUUGACGACACAUGGCAUCCCGCCACCCACCCUUCCGGAGCUGUCCUUCCGGUCCUCAUGGCUUUAACAGAAGCUCUCCCUUCAAGUCAGAAGUUUUCUGGCCUUGAUCUGCUGCUCGCUUUCAAUGUUGGGAUUGAAGUACAAGGCCAAUUAAUGCAUUUCUCCAAGGAAGCCAGUGACAUACCAAAGAGAUUCCACCCCCCUUCAGUGGUAGGAACUUUGGGGAGCGCAGCCGCAGCAUCCAAGCUUUUACGGCUCAGCAUGGCUAAGUCCCAAGAGGCCCUGGCUAUUGCUGUCUCUUAUGCCGGGGCACCCAUGGCAAAUGCUGCCACUCAGACCAAGCCUCUUCAUAUGGGCAAUGCUGCCAGGCAUGGCAUGGAAUCGGCUUUUCUAGCGAUGCUGGGUCUCCAAGGAAACAAGCAGAUCUUGGAUAUGCAGACGGGCUUUGGGGCUUUCUAUGCCAACUAUUCCCCACAAGCUCUUCCAGACCUAGAUUCCCACACUUGGCUGCUGGGCCAGCAGGACGUGGCAUUCAAGCGGUUCCCUGCACAUCUGGCCACUCACUGGGUGGCGGACGCAGCUGCGUCCGUCCGGAAGCACCUCAUAACAGACGGAGCCCUGCUUCCCACUGACCAUGUUGAGAGAAUUGUGCUCAGAAUUCCAGAUGUCCAGUAUGUCAACAGGCCCUUCCCAGACUCGGAGCACGCAGCUCGUCAUUCGUUCCAGUAUGUGGCCUGCACCACACUGCUCGAUGGUGGCAUCACCGUCCCCUCAUUCCACAAAUGCCAGAUCGACAGGCCACAGGUGAGAGAGUUGCUCAGGAAGGUGGAGCUGGAGCACCCUCGGGACAACCGGCCCAGCUUCGACACGCUGUACUGUGAGAUAAGUGUCACUCUCAGGGAUGGAGCCACCUUUACAGAGUGCUCGGACACCUUCUACGGCCACUGGAGAAAACCACUGAGCCAGGAGGACCUGCGAGAGAAGUUCAGAGCCAAUGCCUCCAGCAUGCUGUCCUGUGACACCAUAGAAAGGCUUUUAGAGAUCAUCGAGAAUCUAGAAGACCUAGAAGAUUGUUCUGUGCUGACCACUCUGCUGAAAGGACCCUCUCCACCAGAGAUGGUUUCAAAAUCUAUCUAGCAUUUAACAAUUCCAACAUACAAUCUCUCCUGAGGCUUAUCAACAUCUAAGUGACUUUAUAUUGGGGAGAAUUCGGUGAUUAGCUUUUAAAGCCAGGGCUUACAGUUGGUCUGGCCCAGAAUAAGGAAAGCAAGUUGGAGAGAGUCCAGAAACAGAAUUGGAUUUUUAUGGAAGGAGUCUUGUCCUAUAAAUUUUGCCAGACAGUUCCAAUUACCUAAAGCAAAAUAAUAAACAUGCAAGAAACACA